UAAACAGAGCGUACUGACUGCAACUAGAUUAUUAUUCACUUAAAACAGGGCAAGCUUAAGUUUCCAUCGAGCUUCUUUCAAAUAAUACACGCGUGUAUUAGUUCGGAACAUUAUAGUUCACAUCCACAUUAACUGGGUCUUAUCUACAUGUGAAAUAUCAUAGGACUGACUACCUAAUGCAGGCCAUUAAAGUAACUCAAUUAAAUUGAUCGUUCUUGACCAGAAAUUAGAUAUCAUUUUGGGAACCAUGGUAGAAGUAGAGCUGCCCACAAUUCAGAAAAACUGGGUUAAACGGUCAUUAACCGCUACCUGCCUUAUCAGUUAUCUCAUUGUUAUCACUUAUAUUGGACUAGUCCCAAUAUGGGUUUCAACGAUGGCCAUUCAAGUAAAAUGCUUCCAGGAAAUAAUUACCAUUGCAUAUGACAAGAAACGUCUUCCAGAUAUUCCAUUAUUUCGAACGCUAAAUUGGUAUUUUCUGUUUGUUGCUAACUAUUUUUUAGGUGGGGAAACUUUUUCCCAGUAUUUAGAUGUAUAUGCGGCAAAGUACUACCUUCUUGCCAAACUAUUUCAAUAUCAUCGAUUUUUGUCGUUUUGUUUGUAUAUGAAUGGUAUUAUAUGGUUUUUAAAUCUACUCAGAAGAAAAGUUAUCAGGCAGCAAUUUAGUCUCUUAGCGUGGGUACACUUCUUGUGUAUCAUCAUAGUGUUGCAAAGCUACAUGAUAAUUCAGAAUCUUUUUGAAGGAUUGAUAUGGGUAGUUAUUCCUGUCACUCUAGUGUUUGUUAAUGAUAUUUUUGCUUACAUUUUUGGCCGAAUCCUCGGGAAGACGCCUUUGAUCAAAGUUUCACCCAAAAAAACUCUUGAAGGUUUUCUUGGUGGGGGCAUUGGAGCUUUAGUUGUGGGUUUUGCUAUUGCGUGGGCUUUAUGUCAUAUUGACCAUAUGGUGUGCCCUACAAAAUUUAUUAUUUCUGCAGAACAUUCUAUUAAAAUGUCUACGGAAUGUAAUCGCUCUAUCAUUUUCAGUCCGACCAGUUACAAUUUCGGUCCGGUUUCGUUAAAUUACUACCCGUUUUUGAAACAUAACUUUAUUUUAACACUGUUUGCCUCUAUUAUUGCUCCCUUUGGAGGAUUUUGCGCUUCUGGGUUUAAAAGAGCUUUUAAAAUGAAAGACUUUGGAGACACUAUUCCUGGACACGGUGGAGUAAUGGAUAGAUUCGACUGCCAAUACUUAAUGGCAACUUUUGUGAAUGUGUAUAUCGUCAGCUUUGUACGAAAUUAUAGUGUGGAAAGGAUGUUUGCUAAAUUUUCCAAUUUAAAUGACGAAAAUCAACUGAAACUAUUUAGCUUACUUAAACAUAAUUUAGAGAGCCAAGGCAUAUUGCAAAGCAGUUAAGAUAUUAGGUUUGCUAGGUUUCUGUGAAGUAUUCUCUAUAUUCUAUUAGUUCAGUAUUUUGAUUUUCUUUAAGAAUGUAGAAGCACAGCUUAAAUAUUGGUUGGAGAUGGUGAUAAAUAUGAGACUGAAAUAAACAAGGUAAAUUACCACCUUGUUAUAGACACGUUAACUAGGUAAACAUGUAAAUAUAUAAUAGGCUUCUCUGAAAGUCUGGUCAUUACUUGCUUAUUAUUGUUAUGUAAUUUUAAGGGAUACUAGAAUUUAAAAUAAUAAUAAAUACAUCAUUUAUUAUCAUUGUUCAAAUUAAGCGUACUAUAGAAUAUAAAUAUAAUAUAAUAGCAAAAUAUAACCUUUUUUUAUAU